UGGGUGUUCUAGAAAGAGGAAAUGAAGAAGGCGAAGGCCGGACGAAGAAAACAAGCAAUAGAAAACAGAGAUCCUGAGCCUCCGGGCCAAUAAACACAACUGAAGAGCACCCAAGAAGGCCAAGAGAAGGGCGGCAGCAGAAGGGAGCUCCAAUGUCUUCUCCAUGUUUGACCAGACUCAGAUCCAGGAGUUCAAGGAGGCUUUCACUGUAAUUGAUCAGAACAGGGAUGGCAUUAUUGACAAGGAGGAUCUUCGGGACACCUUUGCAGCCAUGGGCCGUCUCAAUGUGAAGAAUGAGGAACUGGACGCUAUGAUGAAGGAAGCCAGUGGACCCAUCAACUUCACUGUCUUCCUGACCAUGUUUGGGGAAAAACUCAAGGGUGCCGACCCCGAGGAUGUGAUCACUGGAGCCUUCAAGGUCCUGGACCCAGAAGGGAAGGGCAGCAUCAAAAAGCAGUUCUUGGAGGAGCUGCUUACCACGCAGUGUGACCGAUUUUCCCAGGAGGAGAUCAAGAACAUGUGGGCAGCCUUCCCUCCAGAUGUGGGCGGCAACGUGGACUACAAGAACAUCUGCUAUGUCAUCACACACGGUGACGCUAAGGACCAGGAAUAGGGGACCCAAGGUCUCAGAAGACCUAGAUAGGCUCCUAGCCGCUCCAGCUCUCACCCUGACCCCCAAUAAAACUCAACUGGUCUUUGUUUCUUA